AUGCUAAGAUUGGAAUCCUUCGAGCUGCAGGUCAUUCAAUCACUUCUCAAAGAUAUCAAAAAAUGCGUUGUGAAAUUUGAAACAACAAACUCGGAUCUGGCACGAGUUCAAGCACUUGAAAAUUGUCUGAAGUUGACCACGGCGCUUGAACACCCUAAAGAUGUGAUUCUGAAGUUGUUUCUUUCUCCUACCAAAGCUAUGGCAGUCAAGAUUGCUCAUGAUAUUGGUCUAUUUUCGAUUUUGACCAAAUCAGAAACAGAUAUUUCUUGUGAAGUGUUGUCUACCCAGAGUGGUGCACACCCACUGCUAGUCGGUUCGUUACCAUUGCCACUUUAUUUUCUGAUCUUUCUGCUUCUAGUUUCGUCACCUAACAUUCCGUGCCGAUCUGAUAUAAUUCUCUAA